AUGACUGGUUUAUCUACUGUUGUUGCAUUCGCCUUUGUCGUGCAACUGUCUUUGUUAUCGAGAACUAUCAUUAUAGUUGAACUAAAAGCCCUCGCCUUUCCCGCCCUUCCUCUUCCCACUCUCCGACGUACGCGCCGCCCCCUACGCCCGCCGCCUCCUCGCCUCCGUCCCCCGCCCCGACCCCUUCCUCUUCGCCUCCCUCAUCCGCUCCGCCGCCCGCUCCGCNCCGGCGCCUCCCUCCCCCUCCUCACCACCCUCCUCUCCCUCGCCUGCGCCGCCCGCGCCGCCCCCUACGCCCGCCGCCUCCUCGCCUCCGUCCCCCGCCCCGACCCCUUCCUCUUCGCCUCCCUCAUCCGCUCCGCCGCCCGCUCCGCCCUCCCCCUCCACGCCCUCCUCUUCUACCGCCGCUCGCUCCGCGCCUGCCUCCCCCCCUCCUCCUUCGCCUUCACCUCCCUCCUCAAGUCCUGCGCCGACCUCUCCGCUUCCAAAUCCGGCCGAAUCCUCCACGCCCACUCCAUCCUCUCCGCCUUCGAUUCCGACCGCUUCGUUCAGACCGCGCUGGUCGUCUUCUACGCGAAAUGCGGGGACUUGGUCGUCGCCCGCAAGGCGUUCGAUAGAAUGCCCGCGAGAAACGCCGUCGCUUGGAACGCCAUGAUAUCAGGGUACGAGCAGAACGGCUUCGGGGAGAAGGCUAUCGGGGUUUUUCGUGAGAUGCGCGCGGCGGGGGAGGAGCCCGAUUCGGCUACCUUCGUCGGCUUGCUCUCCGCCGUUUCUCAAGUCGGCACCUUGGGUUUAGGGCGGUGGGUGGAUUCGUACAUCACGGAGAGAAAAAUGGGUGUUGACGUUGUUCUCGGGACCUCUCUCGUGAAUAUGUACGCUCGGUGCGGGCUCGUGCGUAGAGCUCGCGAGGUAUUCGACGCGCUCCCGCAAAAGAAUGUUAUCACUUGGACGGCGAUGAUUUCGGGAUACGGCAUGCACGGCUACGGCCGUCGAGCGAUCGAAUUGUUCCACAGGAUGCGAAACGAGGGCCCGCAGCCGAACGGCGUUACGUUCGUCGCGGUUCUUUCUGCGUGCGCCCAUGCAGGACUGGUUAAAGAAGGACGCGAGGCCUUUGCAUCUAUGAAGAGGGAUUACGGGUUGGUUCCCCGAGUAGAGCACCUUGUUUGCAUGGUUGAUUUGUACGGGAGGGCCAGACUUCUUGUUGAUGCGAUGCGAUUCAUUAGGGAGUCGAUAGUAGGAGAGCCGGGGCCCGAAGUUUGGACAGCUAUGCUCGGGGCCUGCAAGAUGCAUAAGGAUUUAACUCUUGGAGUAGAGGUGGCCGAACGGCUUCUAGCUGUCGAGCCUGAUAACCCGUCUCAUUAUGUUCUUCUUUCUAAUAUAUUUGCGUUAGCAGGUAGGAUGGAUCGAGUCGAGAGGGUAAGAGAUAUCAUGAUCCGUAAUGGUUUGAAGAAGCAAACUGGGUAUAGCUCGACUGAGAUCAAUGGUACGACCCAUGUGUUCCGGAUGGGCGAUACAUUUCACCCACAAACUGCUGAGAUUUAUAAAUAUUUGGAGGAAAUGAUACGUAAAAUUAAGGAAGCGGGGUAUGUGGCAGAAACCGACUCGGUGUUGCAUGAAUUGGAAGAAGAGGAGAGGGAGGUUGUGCUUAGGUUUCAUAGUGAGAAGUUGGCUGUGGCAUUUGGGCUAAUGAGUACGAGUGACAUGACUCCAAUCAGGGUCAUAAAGAACCUUAGGAUGUGUGACGAUUGCCACCUCGCCAUCAAGUUUAUGUCAGCUGUUGUGGGUAGAGAAAUAGUAGUCAGAGAUAAGCAUCGCUUCCACCAUUUCAAAGAUGGCAAUUGUUCUUGUCAGGACUUUUGGUGACUCUCUUAGUUAUUAGUUAAUCAUCAAGGUACGCGAGAUUUACGUGUCAUCUAUCUGAAGAUGGAUGCAAUGAUUCAUUGUUUUGAAGGGUAAAUGAGUUGAAGCAUGAAAAUCAUCACUACGCAUAUUUAUCCUUGUAACACAUGGGGACCUGUAAACUACAAUGCCUCAUGGAAGAAGCAACUUCAUAAAGCAUAAAUUAUUAUAAGGUUCUCAUGUUCUUGGUUGUAUGAUUAUUGUCUCAUUGAGAUCACAAUGAUAGAGUAAACGAAGUUAUUGCCCUUCACUGGAGAUAGUUUGCAUUGGAUUAGGUCGAUGAUGGUGAAGUCCUUGGAGCUUCUGCUUUUUGAAAUGGUUAAAAGCUGGGCCUAGGGACAACAUUAAAGUGACAAGUAUCAGAAUGCAAGUGACGGGUCCAAUGGACAGAGUCAUGAACAUGGUGAUCAAGCAGAUAGCAAGGAGCCCACCACCAAUGCAACCCCAGGAGGUUCUCCACCCCGAAACCAGCUGGAUUCCUCACCACCGACUGCCGAUACGAUCCAGAGCUCACCGAACGGAAAGCACGCUUCUGUAAAUGAAGUGAAGCUGCUACCGCCGCCUCCAGGGGCGGAGGCUAAGUCCUUGCACCAGGGGAGUGGCGAACUAGUCGGCCGACCGUGGACUACCGGACUCUUCGACUGCACGGGCAAUCAGUCUAAUAGUAGUAAUGCAGAUCAUUCAAUCUCAUAGGCUGUAGCAAAUGUUUUGGAGUACUAAACUUGGCCAAGUUUGGAUUACUUUUUCUUUCUUUUGAGGCAACAUUUUUAACAAUAAUAUGAUGACUCGGUACCUGAAAUUUUUGAACAUGGAAGUUUCUGUGUUCAUGUUAAACUAUCAUCCCAAAUUUUUGGCUCUA